AUGAGCGACGCUGAGUUUCCCGCCGCCCCGCCCACCGCUUUCCUCGCCAAGCAGCAUGCCCUCUUCGCUCUCCGGCACGCCAAGUACCUUCCGACGCCGUACCAGGCCGAGGAUGCGAGCAGGAUGACGCUGGCCUACUUCUGCCUCGCUUCCCUCGCUCUGAUCCCUGCCUCUACAGUCUCUACGGCCGACCCUUCGCUUUCCGCUCUCCAAGUUCUGCUCAAACCGACUCAGCGGGAGGGAUUCAUCGACUGGGUGUACGAGCAGCAGACGGCUGAGGGAGGUUUCCGAGGUUCAGACUCGCUCGCGGCAGCAAGGCAUCCCAUCGCAGAAGCAGAACCGUCAACGUCCGCCGUUAGCUCGCUCGACCCGCCAAACCUCAUCCAAACCUACACGGCUCUCCUGAUCCUCGGCCUCCUCGACGACACUUUCGAGCGACUAGACCGGCAAGGUCUGUUGCGCUUCAUUGGCGCGUGCCAGACCUCGGACGGCUCGUUUCUGCAGUUCCCCGGCUGCUCAGAAGCGGGAGACCCUCGAUCAACGUAUUCUGCAUUCGCCGUCGCGUCAAUGCUAGACGACUGGAGCACAAUCGAUGUCAACCUAGGGCUCUACUUCCUGAACUGCUGCCGACGGUACGAGGGAGGCUUCGCUCAGCGGCCCGGGCUGGAAGCGAACGCCGGUCCGACGUACUGCGCCAUCGCCUCAUUCAAGCUCGCUUCCCGCCUCGCCGAUCUGGCAGAACCGCAUUCCUUGUUGCGCUGGCUGAUCGACCGACAGAUCCGCCCUCCACCGCCUGAACCGUCAGAUUCUUCGGACGAGGACGAAGAACAGGAGCGUCGAGGACCUGUACGAGAUCCGAACGAUGCAGCGGGCUUCCAGGGCAGGGUGAACAAGCCGACGGAUGCAUGCUACAGCUUCUGGAAUAUGGGCGCAAUCUCACUCCUCCUUCCAGCCAUCGCGCCGGACCUCUCCAUUGAGGACGUCCUCGACCCAGCACUUGACCGAACAUGGCUUCUCGACUGCCAGCACAAGGUCUUUGGCGGAAUCGCACGAGAACCUGGCGCGCGCCCAGACGUCUACCACACGUACCUCUCGCUCGCUGCGCUCGCGCUCGGCGAUGCAGACGGAAAGGUCCUGAGCUUGCGGCGGCUCGAUGCAGGAUGGAAUGUCCCUGUCGAGGUCGCGGAACGGAUGCGGAGUAGAUUGUGGAAGAAGGAGCGAUGA